AGCGGGGCUACGCGGAGAGGCCUGACUAGGCAGGGCUUGGGUCGGCGGUGCCGGCCGGGGUUUGAGGUUGAGUCCGGGUCUCCGCCACUGGGCCCGGGAAGAUGGUGCUGGGUGGUUGCCCGGUGAGUUACUUACUCCUCUGCGGCCAGGCGGCUUUGCUGAUGGGGAAUCUCCUGCUGCUGCACUGUGUCUCUCGGAGCCACUCGCACAACACUACCGCCGAGCCCGAGCCCACAUCCGCUGGCGCCGCCCACCCGGAGAGCUCCACCGGCUCCGCGAGCUGGGAAUAUGGCGACCCCCACUCUCCAGUCAUCCUUUGCUCUUACCUACCCGAUGAAUUUAUAGAAUGUGAAGACCCAGUGGAUCAUGUUGGAAAUGCAACGGCAUCCCAGGAACUUGGUUAUGGUUGUCUCAAGUUCGGUGGUCAGGCCUACAGUGAUGUGGAACACACCUCCGUACAGUGCCGCGCCCUGGACGGAAUCGAAUGUGCCAGUCCUAGGACCUUCUUACGAGAGAAUAAACCUUGUAUAAAGUAUACCGGACACUACUUCAUAACCACUUUGCUCUACUCCUUCUUCCUGGGAUGUUUUGGAGUAGAUCGUUUCUGUCUGGGACACACUGGCACAGCAGUAGGGAAGCUCUUGACACUUGGAGGACUUGGGAUUUGGUGGUUUGUUGACCUUAUUUUGCUUAUUACUGGAGGGCUGAUGCCAAGUGACGGCAGCAAUUGGUGCACUGUUUACUAAAAAGAGCGGCUACCGUGGCCCAGAGAGGUAAGUCUCCUGAAUUCAUCUCUACAGGCUCAGAACUCUUCCUUAUUAUCAGACCUGACCAUUGCCUUCCUCUUUGGAGGGAAUGGCUUUGGUUAGGAAGGUUUCUUUGGACUGUGGAUUUUCAACCCAAACUUCACCUUGCAGACUAGAAAUGACAAGCAAACAGUAUUAUGGGUAUCAAGUUUGCACCUUUCCUCAUAUACAAAAAAUAUAAAGGAUAGUGAUUAACUUAUAAGCUGCAGGAGGGUUUCCAUACACUUUAUUUCUGUGCGUUGCUGUAUAAUCAAUCCUUUGGAGCAAGUGGACCCAACAGGAUAAGCAAAGUGAAUAUUUUUAGCCUUGUGCCUUUUGUGACCCUGAGUCCUCAUGCAGUGGAGAUCGGAAGCUAAACCAAUGAAAAUCUUCAGAAGUAGAAAUGACGAUGGAUUUUAAUUACACUGAAAUUCUGACUUUCUGAGUUUAAAUUGCAGAAUAAAUGUUGCCAACCUGGAAUGCUCGUUUGGGUGUUUUCAGUAGGUAGAAUGAAACUCAAAAUUAUAUUUGUUGUGCUUAAAGCUAAGCAUUUGAACUGAGCCUGAUAAUAAACCCUAUUGUUUCAUCAUUAUUAUGCCUGAGAGGGAAGAUGUCCAGUACAGUAAUUUCCUCAUUCCAGUUAUGUUUUGGAUAGCUGAACAUGGCUGAGUUCAGCCAUCCUCUUGGCAGACUUUUCCUAUCAAAAAAGUAGUAUUUACCAGUUUAGAGAGCCCAUGUUGUAGACUAGUAAAAAAAAAAAAAAAAGAUU